AUGCCGCACAGCUUUGGGUAUCGGGCCCGCACCCGCGACAUGUUCUCGCGGCCGUUUCGGCAGCGCGGCAUGAUCAAAAUGUCCACUUACCUGACGACCUAUAAGAUGGGCGACUACGUCGACAUCAAAUGUAACCCGGCCCAGGUCAAAGGGAUGCCGUUCAAGCACUUCCACGGUCGCACGGGCGUCAUCUACAAUGUCACUAAGCGUGCAGUCGGCGUUCGCAUCGCCAAACAGGUCAACGGGCGCAUCAUCAACAAACAUCUCAAUGUUCGUGUCGAGCAUGUCACACCGUCGAAGUGCCAGAAUGACCUGAUCGCGCGCGUCGCACGCAACGAGAAGCUCAAAAAGGAGGCAAAACAAUCAGGCACCAAAGUCACCCUCAAGCGCCAGCCGACCCAGCCUAAGGCUGGCUUCGUUAUCACAGCUUCGGAGGAGCCCACGACAAUCCAGCCAAUCCCCUUCAGCGACCUUUUCUGA